AUGUCUUCCUACAUCAGGCGCAAGAAGAAUGUGAAGAAGGGAAUCCAGUUCUGCAUCAUGGUCUGCGGUGCAUCAGGCACUGGUCGCACCACCUUCGUCAACACACUCUGCGGCAAGAGCGUUCUGUCUGGUGUUGAGCAAGACGAUCCCGCCAAUGCACACGUCGAGGGCGGUGUCCAAAUAAAGCCCGUCACCGUUGAGCUCGAACUCGAUGAGGAGGGUACCCGUAUCUCGUUGACCGUUGUCGAUACCCCUGGCUUUGGCGACCAAGUCGACAAUGAAUCAAGCUUUGGCGAAAUCGUUGGCUACCUCGAGCGCCAGUACGACGACAUUCUGGCUGAGGAGUCCCGUAUCAAGCGUAACCCCAGAUUCCGCGACAACCGUGUCCACGUCUUGCUCUACUUUAUCACACCCACCGGUCACGGUCUCCGUGAACUCGACAUCGAACUCAUGAAGCGCCUGUCGCCUCGCGUCAACGUCAUCCCCGUAAUCGGAAAGGCCGACUCCCUUACCCCCGCCGAGCUCGCCGAGACCAAGAAGCUCGUCAUGGAGGACAUUGAGCACUACCGCAUCCCCGUCUACAACUUCCCUUACGACAUCGAGGAGGAUGAUGAGGACACAGUCGAGGAGAACGCCGAGCUGCGUGGCCUCAUGCCAUUCGCUAUCGUCGGAUCAGAGGACACUGUCGAGAUCGGAGGUCGUGUCGUCAGAGCUCGCCAAUACCCUUGGGGUCUCGUCGAGGUGGACAACCCGCGCCACAGCGACUUCCUGGCCAUUAGAAGCGCCCUGCUCCACAGCCAUUUGGCCGACUUGAAAGAGAUUACACACGACUUCCUCUACGAAAACUACCGCACGGAGAAGCUCAGCAAGAGCGUCGAGGGCGGUGCUACUGCGUAUGUGACUCAGGACAUAGCAUCUUUAUCUUUAGCAACUAACGCAAUCGGCAGCGAUCACUCACUCGCUCCGGAAGACCUGGCCUCACAAUCAGUCCGCCUUAAGGAGGAGCAGCUGCGUCGCGAAGAAGAGAAGCUCAAGGAGAUUGAGCUCAAGGUGCAGCGCGAGAUCAACGAGAAGCGACAGGAGCUGUUGGCCAGAGAGAGCCAGUUGCGCGAGAUUGAGGCCCGCAUGCACAGAGAACAGAGCGCCGCGCUCAGCGUCAACGACACCGAGUCGACCGAGGCCGGCGCCGCCUAA